GAGAGGGAGGGAACCGAGGAAGACGCUCGGAUAACCCGUGCGUUUCGUAAGGCUCGGAGCACUUGUACAUUUCUGCAGGCGCGCAGCGAGCCAUUUGCGGCGGCUGCUGCAGCUCCGACCACAUCUUCCUCCUCCUCCGGGCGCCGGGUGUGUGGAUGUGUGAGUGUGUGUAUUUUGCAGGUGUGUCCGUUUUAAUUCUGCCCAGUAGGUGGGACUUGGUGACUUUAGCACCAUAUUUUCCUUUUCCUUGUUUUUUUUUUUUUUCCUUCUUCUUUUUUUGCCUCCCCACCGUCUGUUGCAACCCUGCAAAGUCUCGGAGUCGGAGAGCGCGGCUCGCUUCCCGAGCCCCCGGACCCGGCGAGCCGGCGAGCGCAGAGCCGGCCACCAUGCCAGGCAGACCGCGCCACUAGGCGCUCCCCGCGGCUCCCACCCAGCGGCGGCGGCGGCGGCGGCCGCGAUGGUUUCAGACGCUGAAGGAUUUUGCAUCUGAUCGCACGGCGUUUCAAAGGCAGAGGCCCCCCUCCCCCUUCCCCCCUCCCUCGCCGUCUUUGUUUCCUUCCCCCCCAGCUCUCCCCACUCCCCCCACCCCACCCCCCUCUCCUCUCCUCCUCCUCUUUUUUAGAAGCAGCGAUCGGAGAUGGAUGUCUCUCUUUGCCCAGCCAAGUGUAGUUUCUGGCGGAUUUUCUUGCUGGGAAGCGUCUGGCUGGACUAUGUGGGUUCCGUGCUGGCUUGCCCUGCAAAUUGUGUCUGCAGCAAGACUGAGAUCAAUUGCCGGCGGCCGGACGAUGGGAAUCUCUUCCCCCUCCUGGAAGGGCAGGAUUCAGGGAACAGCAAUGGGAAUGCCAGCAUCAACAUCACGGACAUCUCAAGGAAUAUCACUUCCAUACACAUAGAGAACUGGCGCGGUCUGCACACGCUCAACGCCGUGGACAUGGAGCUCUACACCGGCCUCCAGAAACUGACCAUCAAGAACUCAGGACUUCGGAGCAUCCAGCCCAGAGCCUUUGCCAAAAAUCCCCACUUGCGCUAUAUAAACCUGUCGAGUAACCGGCUCACCACACUCUCAUGGCAGCUCUUCCAGACGCUGAGUCUUCGGGAAUUGAGGUUGGAGCAGAACUUCUUCAACUGCAGCUGUGACAUCCGCUGGAUGCAGCUGUGGCAGGAGCAGGGGGAGGCCAAGCUGAACAGCCAGAACCUCUACUGCAUCAGUGCCGAUGGCUCCCAGCUCCCACUUUUUCGCAUGAACAUCAGUCAGUGCGACCUGCCUGAGAUCAGUGUGAGCCAUGCCAACCUGACCGUACGGGAGGGUGAUAAUGCUGUCAUCACUUGCAAUGGCUCUGGAUCGCCCCUGCCCGACGUGGACUGGAUAGUCACCGGACUGCAGUCCAUCAACACCCACCAGACAAAUCUGAACUGGACCAAUGUACACGCCAUCAACCUGACGCUGGUAAAUGUGACGAGUGAGGACAACGGCUUCACCCUGACGUGCAUUGCAGAGAACGUGGUGGGCAUGAGCAAUGCCAGCGUCGCCCUCACUGUCCACUACCCCCCACGCGUGGUGAGCCUGGAGGAGCCUGAGCUGCGCCUGGAACAUUGCAUCGAGUUCGUGGUGCGCGGCAACCCGCCGCCCACACUGCACUGGCUGCAUAACGGGCAGCCGCUGCGUGAGUCCAAGAUCAUCCACGUGGAGUACUACCAGGAGGGCGAGGUCUCCGAGGGCUGCCUGCUCUUCAACAAGCCCACCCACUACAACAACGGCAACUAUACCCUCAUCGCCAAGAACCCCCUGGGCACAGCCAACCAGACCAUCAAUGGCCACUUCCUCAAGGAGCCCUUUCCAGAGAGCACGGAUAACUUUGUCUCUUUCUACGAAGUGAGCCCCACCCCUCCUAUCACUGUGACCCAUAAACCAGAGGAAGACACUUUUGGGGUAUCCAUAGCCGUUGGACUUGCUGCUUUUGCCUGUGUCCUGUUGGUGGUUCUCUUUAUCAUGAUCAACAAGUAUGGUCGACGGUCCAAAUUUGGAAUGAAGGGUCCUGUGGCUGUCAUCAGUGGUGAGGAGGACUCAGCCAGCCCGCUGCAUCACAUCAACCAUGGCAUCACCACGCCCUCAUCUCUGGAUGCCGGGCCGGACACAGUGGUCAUCGGCAUGACUCGCAUCCCGGUCAUUGAGAACCCCCAGUACUUCCGUCAGGGACACAACUGCCACAAGCCAGACACAUAUGUGCAGCACAUUAAAAGGAGAGACAUCGUGUUGAAGCGAGAACUGGGCGAGGGAGCCUUUGGAAAGGUCUUCCUGGCCGAGUGCUACAACCUCAGCCCCACCAAGGACAAGAUGCUCGUGGCCGUGAAGGCCCUGAAGGAUCCCACCCUGGCAGCCAGGAAGGAUUUCCAGAGGGAAGCUGAACUGCUCACCAACCUGCAGCACGAGCACAUUGUCAAGUUCUAUGGGGUGUGUGGCGAUGGGGACCCCCUCAUCAUGGUCUUUGAAUACAUGAAGCACGGAGAUCUGAACAAGUUCCUCAGGGCCCAUGGGCCAGAUGCAAUGAUCCUUGUGGACGGGCAGCCACGCCAGGCAAAAGGAGAGCUGGGGCUCUCUCAAAUGCUCCACAUUGCCAGUCAGAUUGCCUCUGGCAUGGUGUACCUGGCCUCCCAGCAUUUCGUGCACCGGGACCUGGCCACCAGGAACUGCCUGGUUGGAGCUAACCUACUGGUGAAGAUCGGAGACUUUGGCAUGUCCAGAGAUGUCUACAGCACUGAUUACUACAGGCUCUUUAAUCCAUCUGGAAAUGAUUUUUGUAUAUGGUGUGAGGUGGGAGGACACACCAUGCUCCCCAUUCGUUGGAUGCCCCCUGAAAGCAUCAUGUACCGGAAGUUCACUACGGAAAGCGAUGUGUGGAGCUUUGGGGUGAUUCUCUGGGAGAUCUUCACCUAUGGAAAACAGCCAUGGUUCCAGCUCUCAAACACAGAGGUCAUUGAGUGCAUCACCCAAGGUCGUGUUUUGGAGAGGCCCCGAGUCUGCCCCAAAGAGGUGUACGAUGUCAUGCUGGGGUGCUGGCAGAGGGAACCGCAGCAGCGGCUGAACAUCAAGGAGAUCUACAAAAUCCUCCAUGCUCUGGGGAAAGCCACCCCCAUCUACUUGGACAUCCUUGGCUAGUGGUGGCCAGUGGUCGUGAAUUCAUAUUCUGUUGCCUCUUCUCUCCCGGCCUCACACCCCUUCUUUUCCACUGCACAGACUCUUUUCUUCCAUCCUUGACUGAAGCAAACAUCUUCAUAUAAACUCAAGUGCCUGCUACACAUACAACACUGAAAAAAAAAGAAAGAAUAAAAACCCUGUAAGGCAGUUUGGCAUAUAUAUAUAUAUAUAUAUAUAUAUAUAUAUAAUAUAUAUAUAUUUAUAUAUCUAACUAUCUAUCUAUCUAUAUCUACAGAGAGAUAACCUCUUCUCUAAUGCACAGAGAAGCUGCUGAUACACAAACCAUAAGACUGUAACAACAACUCAGAAAAUCUUAAGUAUUAUGAAUGCAAUUGAAACUUCCCUUAGACGCAGGCUGUGGCCCGUGCUUCUUCAGCUCCGACUUCUGGGAGCAGAAGACUUUGACGAUGCACAGAGACAAUCUUCACCUUGGGACUGGAGGAGCUGGGGUGGAGUGCCAGUCACUGCUGCACAGGUGAUCAUCUGCACAGGUGUGUUAGCUCCAAGCUCUGCAUAUGUGCAUGGGCAGACCUCAUCGACAGGCUCAGCAAGGAAAGAACACCGAACCAGGGGCCUCUGGGACGCCUCACACAUCCCCUGACCAUCUGCUCCACGCCUUCCUCCUUUCCUCCCCCUCAAGACAAUUUUCUAAUUUGUCUUUUCUAGAAAGUAUAGUUCUGAUGCUUUGGGGAGUCAGCAAUGGCGCCUACAGGUAAACACUGAACAAAACAACAACGACAGCAAAACACAAAACAAUGGCGACAGUGGACUACAUCCAUCUUGUUGUAAACUAUGCUCAAGUUCCUUCCUGAAUUUGAAAGAGUUGUGUCAUCUCUCCUCUGGACUUCAAGAACUGGACUUUCUGGAUUUAAAGAACCACAGAAUUAAAAGCUGAAAUCUGAACCCUGCAACGCACUGCCUCCUGUCUUUCCAUCACUGGAAAGUCUCCUUGGCCGCACCUCCGACAUUCAGGCUAUUGGGGAGUUAAGGGGGGUGUCAGACAUCCCCCGUGUUGUCUGCACGUGUGGGCACAGCAGGGUUCCAAUGGCAGGAGACUUCAUUCUUUGCAGGUCUUAUAAGGUCUGCCCCUCUGGGUCGUCUAUUUCUCAACCCGCCUUCUCUAGAUUCUAGCUCGUACUUCCUGGGCCUCUAGGAAGUCCCAGGUAAACCCCACUGCCGAGAAAGGGGCCCAGGUCUGGCGAGAGGCUGGGGCAGUGCUUGCUUCAGGGAGCCAGGCAGUGGAGUGGGCAGGAGCCGGGGGGCGGGGCGGGGAGAAUCUGUUUGGCACCUACAUCCGGCCCCUUGUCAUUCUCCUCACGUUUCCAGCCCCUGGAAGGAUUGAUGCAUCUGCCUUUGAGUGCUGUGAAAAUGCAGGGGCUGAGAAAUCACUUCUGUGGACUGGGUGCAGGGGGAGGGGCCGAGGCUGCCUGGGGAAGCAUCCAACGCCUGGCCGCUGCCGCAGGCUUGGCAUCUUAAUGAGGACGGAGCCCUGACCAGGGAGAGAGAAGGAAGCAUUUGGGCUGGGGCCAGCUCCCUCUGCCCCGACACCAGGGGAAUCACUGCCUUCCCAGCUGCCGCUGUCAAAGACUGCGACAGGGGUGCACCUCCGGGCCCCCCGACCCGUGACAACAAAAUGCCCGUGGAAACCCACAGCCUAGCCCCACAGAGCCCUCCAGCUGGGGAGAAGAGGAUGUGCUUCUCCCAGGCCACCGGUCCCUCCGCCUCACCCAAGCACAGAGCUACCGAAGGGACUGGCUUUGCCCGACUGGAGCCUCUGGGUCCCCCGACCUGCACCCCUCUUGGCCAGCUUAAGGGACCAUCAGCCGCCUGGAUGUUCUGGUUUCAAAGGAAGAUUCCAAGUUUUUGUAUCAUCAUUAAUAUAUCAAUAUAGGCUUCGGAACAUGUUUUGGGAUGCAUAACAUCACCGGGAAUGUCAUCAUAAGGAGAGUAUAGGCCUAUAUACAUUGUAUGCUUAUAUCUAUAUAUUUAAUUGGGAUGGCUUCAUUGAAGUUCCCCUUGGAGUCAGCAAAUUGAUUCCAUCAUUCUUCAUCUCUUUGACCCUUACAUUUCUCAGGGAUGAGAAAUCCAGAGAUGGACUGGCCUAAGAUAUUCAGAAAGGUCCUGAUGGGAAAUCUGGCAUCUUGUAAAGUUUCAUCAUUUGGUGCUCCCUGAAUUAAAUUAUGCUGAUGACAACAUUCUGAGCAUCUGAAAAUCACUCUUCCUGGUUGAUAGAUCACACAAGAGCUAACCGUUUCUACCACAUCACAUCCCAUUUCGGGGUUGCUAUUGAAAUCACCAGCACUGCAGGUGAAACCAGCGCCUAGGAGGGACGGGACAGAGAGAAUGUGAGAUGACGAUCAUUGUUUACUCUUUCUGAAAGGCAUUGCUGACUGUGGGAGAUGUGGUGAAUAUCUGAAGGCCUGCAUUGGGUACUAGGACUUUUGCUGUGAACAUAAGCUGUUUCACCCUAAGGUUCUGUGUCUUGGCUUUUGACAGUCUCUGUUUUCCUAGUGCAUUCCUCCUAAUCAUAGUUCUGUUGACUGUCUAAACACAUUCUGUACUUUGCAACAAGAGAUCCUCUGGCCCAAGUCUUGGUAUGCCAACAUAGACACUUUUCUGUUUCACGAGGAGAUCCAAGGGGAUUGGGGGCCUCUCUCAAAGUACUUGGAAUUCUUGGGCAAAAUAAGAAAAUCAGAUUCCCCUUCAUCUUUAACUGACCAAGUUCCAAAUUUAUAACAAGACCUGGUCUGAUAUUUGCAGUAUGGAUGGUGUCUUAAGCCAGUGAGCUGGGCUAUUUCCCAUCCUACAGAGGCAGGACAGUGAGCUCUAUUAAUUUUUCCGAAUCACCAAGGUAAACGAUGCUUUGUGUGCAGUGCCAUGGCCCAAGCUUGUAGCUUGCAAGAGAUACUUAUGGCCAACAAAUCUAGAAGUUUCUAAUAGAAGAUGUGUCAAGAUAGUGUAGUUGGGGAAAGGCCUGUUGGAUUCUCCUUCUGAGAAACGCCUUGUCACUCAAGUCUUGUUUUUCAGUUUAACAUCUCACGAGAGAAGUUGGUUUCUUCUCAGUUUAUACUGUGACAAAUUUAUGUAUCCUUCCUGAACGUCCGAAGGUAGACUGAGAGCCUGGACAGCCACUAACCAUGGUCUACUCUGACAUUCUUAUGGAUGCAACAUCUCUAAAGCCCAGUGAGAAAUAUGAGUGCCUAAGCUAAGUCUGGUAGCUUUUCCUUCUUUUAAGAAGAGUACAUGGGGGCUUCCCUGGUGGCGCAGUGGUUGAGAGUCUGCCUGCCAAUGCAGGGGACACGGGUUCGUGCCCCGGUCCGGGAAGAUCUCACAUGCCGCGGAGCAGCUGGGCCCGUGAGCCAUGGCCGCUGAGCCUGCGCGUCCAGAGCCUGUGCUCCGCAACAGGAGAGGCCACAACAGUAAGAGGCCUGCAUACCGCAAAAAAAAAAAAAAAAGAGUACAUAGGAGUCAUAAAAACAAAUUUUGUAAUAUGUUAACAGGUAGGACAUACUCAAAUGAAUAGCUUCCUGACAUCUUUUGUUUUCUCUUGGAGAAGAGUUUAUGUUCCAUCUCCAUUUAACAGCUUCCCGACAUUACUUGAUGCCUCUGAGCUCACGUUCGGAGUGAAUAAAUAAACCUGGUCCAGAUGAUUUGAUGACUGCUUUCCACAGUAGAGAAGUAAAUCUCAGUAAAGAAGCUUGUCUUUCAUUUCUGUCCUUUUUUUCCUUUUUCUUUCGACUCCUAUCCUCCUGCUUCCAUAGGACUGACAAUCCAGUUUCUUAAACUUCAUGAAGGUCUUGAUACGAGGUGAAUCCCGGGACCACAAACAGUUGGACUUCAAACGGAGAAAAUUGGCACUGAAUGAUUCGGCACACAAAGCAGGAAACUUUCAUUUCCUGCAGGCAGGAUGGAAAUGACUGUUAUAUUAAGACUUCUGAAGGAGCCCUGCCCUGGAGUAAUUUCAGUGCUGUCAGACAACGUUGACAUCUAGAUUAACCUUUGUGCAGUGAAGUUUACUGCAGAGCUCAUUGAGAUGCAUGCGGUGGAUCUCUGCAAAUCGCAUCUGGAAUCCCAUCAGCCACACCCCCUGCCUUCACUCCGCACCCACUCUUCUCUGCAUCUGGGCUCUGACCCCAGGAGAAGGAGUUUUGACCUCUCUCUGACCACGGUGCUGAAACAGGCUUUGUGCUCAGAGUGACGUGUUUGUCAUCGUAUUGGUUUUCCCCCGAGGGGACUACAAAUCAAGGCACGAAAGCCACUCUACUGAUGACAAACAGCUUUGCCGUGUACCUUUAUGCUGCACAAAGUGAAAUGGUUUAUAAAGAGUUAGUGUGCCCCGUGUCCGUGAGCCCUGCUGUGGGCUUUCCGGUCCUCCAGCGUUUCCAGGUUCAGAUGUAACAGGUCCUGACUGCAGCCCGGUGGUCAGGUGGGGACAGUGGGUUCUGAUGGACAAAGGGCUUGCCCUAUGUCUGAGUAGAAGUUUCCUAUGGUCCUAACAAAAGAGACAGCCCAGCUCCUUUUUCCCCUUGUUGUUACAAAGAAUGCAGCUGUCCCCUAAGCUCCAGCUUGCCAGCUUUCUCCUUAUGGGGUGGUGGGCUCCAGAAUGAUCCAGACCCCUUCUAAUUCACACUAUGGAACCACACAGAGGUGCAGCGACUGGCAGAAACCUCAAAGCUGAAAUCACAACUUCUCUACAAACUGGGGCCAUUCAUCACAUCAAAAAGUCUUGAGAAAAGUCCUUUAGCUUAGAUGCAUCCACCACAAAUUUCCCUGGGGUUUUACUGAUGUCUGUUUCUCCCUGAAAUUGUUUUUCCUACUUUGCCUCUUGUCUUUAAUAUGAGUAACAAGAAUCUCCUUGUAUUCUCUUAGAUAUUACUUCAGGAGAAAUGAAAGUUGCCAGUCAAGGACAUUGUGUUUAUUGACUGGAAAAAUGGAUUUCUGGGCCAAGUGAUGUCACAACCAUAAAGAGGCAAACCUGAUAACUUUAUUUAAAAGCAGUUAUCAGUGUUGUAUUUUGUGCUGGGUGCUCAAGCUCACAUAGGACAAACUACAUUCAUCUUUCUAUUUUAUUACUUAGAUUAUACUUGUUUGCAUGCACACACAUACACACACAAAUGCCUCUACACUCCCCGAAGGUCCCAAAAGGUCCAACAAGCAGUGUGCCCCAUUUGUGUUUCUCCCACCCAUCUCCACGCGUAUGGAUGUGCAGACAAGUGUGCACCAAGCUGUGGUUUCUAGAGCUUACUAUGGCUCACCUUUUCUGAUCAGCACACAGUCUUUGACUUUCUACCUUUUUGCACUUUUUGAUCAUUUAUGAAAUUAGGGCCUUUUCAAGGGCAACUAAAUCCUGAGUUUUCAGAGCCUUCAUAUUUAAAGGCUGGACUUGUUUUCUCAGAAACACAAAACCAAACUGAACCUUGAUGCAGAUUUUACUUACUUAAUUUUUCGGGGUGGGGGAGAAGCACUGAUUUGGGACCUGUAGUACAUAUUAAGUAUAAAUAUAAAUGUAAGUUGGUUCAAGCAGAUUACUGAACCUAUCCUGGGGCUGAAACAAUGAGAUAUCAAACACAAACAUUCAAAUAGAAUGGGAACAUGAAGGGGAAGGGUUAGACUUUCCUUGGGAAAGUUCAACGUCCCAGAGGACAAGAACAGAGCACCGGGCAGGAAGUCAGCUGGCUUCACUGGGUGUCGCUUGAGUGACUGUGCCCAAGUCACUUCAGUUCUCUGGGCCAAUGUGCAAGAGUCCUUAGUCUACAGUGGGCAGCUGGCAGCAACUUGCAGACCUGGGGCCUUCUUUGUUGGCAGUGAUGGGGCAGAUCAAUCUAUGUCUCAUCUGUUGUUCAGAUCAGUUCUGAGUGAAGGAUAGCUUCUCCAGGUCUCACCUAGAACAAGUUUGCAAACGUCCCCACCCUGAAGUCGGCCCCACUUUCAUCUUGUGUUCAGUUCAUCUCUUGCAGCUCUUCUUUGAAAGCUCUUGAAACUCUGAACGCUUACCAUCCAUCCACCAUCCCUUACACGCCCCCUCUAGAUUUUUGUCAUUGGUAUUUUCCUCUUUGAAUCGCCAUCGAGCACAGAGGGCCAGAAACGCCUUUACAAAAAUCAAAGUGGAAAGAAGAUGUUCUACCCAUUUGGCCCUGUCACUGAAAAGGCAAUGAUGGUAGAUUUUGUUUUCAGGCCUGGAAUCCUGAACGUUUUGUAGCAAAAUGGCAUCUCCUGCUGUGUUUAUCUCCGUAUUAUCCAUUGUUGCUUUCAUGAGUUUCUGUAGAUUUAAAUGUAAUUUUUUUUUAAGUAGGACUCUAUGAAGCUUCCUUGAUAAAUUGGCUAGAGAAACCAAUCUUGAAGGAAAGCAACCAAAGCGAUAAUGAUCCUGAAGCAGUAUCACGUGUAUUAUGGGGCCAGCAUUUUGUAUAUGGGGAAAUAAACUUAAGAUGGAAAAAAAUAACCGCUGGAGUGAAGACCAAAUGCCAAAUCACAUUUCCAGUAGCCUUGAGCACUAACAAAUAGGUGUGAUUGAGAUUCCCACGAGAAACACAUCUGAUUGGAAAUGAAACCCCUGACAAUACAUCCUGAGGCCAGAUAGCCAAGGUUACAACAGUGAUGUCAUUUACAGCCACUUAAAAAAAUCCCAGCUGUUUGUGACACCAACCACUAUUUGCAAUGGUGACUAGUUGGUAUGUUGAAUCUUUCAAAUGUGAUUUCCUGUAGAUCUCCAAGAAAUGAUCAGGUGUGAUGCAACUGACUAAAUGCUGUGCAUGCUUCCUUUUUUUUUUUUUAAUUUCUUACUCCAGAGAGAAAUCAGAAUAACACUGAGUAACUGAAAUCCCAAGAAAUUCACAAAUCUUUUGCUCAAGUUCAGACUAUCUCAGCUUCCCUUUUCUCUUUUUACCUGGGGCUCAAUUUUUGUUUUUCUUAGUUAGAAAAGCAACACUUUUGCUCUGAAACUCUGUCCCAGUGAUUUUCCCCCUGCAGCUGUCCAGCAGACAGAAAGCAUUCUAGCUUUCUUUGAAAUGAGAGUCCAAACUGGGUUAUGACUAGGAUUUUAAAUUAUGAUGUGAGAUUGGAGAAGUCAAGCUGGUUCAGGGUGAUGUUCCAUAAUUCAUUCUGAUAAUCCCAAGGAGAUGACCGCCCUCACAGCACUGUUUAAGGCCUUCCUUGAACAAGCCAUUUCCCUAUGUAACUUCUUAGGGACAAGACUUGAUUAUUUAAGGAUUUCAGAGGUAUCAUAUGAGAAAUAACUCACCGGAUAUGGAAAAUUUGAUUUAAUAUAUUAACAGGAGCAACAAGAACUUGUUUUAAUGCUUUUUUUCUUCCCUCUCUCUGAGAAUUUAGCCUUUCUUGAAACCAUUGGGCUAUUUCCUUUCCAAGGCUGGAAAAGACUGAUUAUAGUUCAUGUCUACAGCAAAGGCUCCCCCAAGCCCAUUGCAGUUGGAAGCAGCCCAAAACAAUGCAUGUUAAUCUUUUGUUACCCUACAGAAUCAAGGACUUUUCUUGGUCAUUUAUGUGGGCCAAGGCAGGUGAGUUCAAGGGUAUGUCAAAAUAAAAUGAAAAGAAAGCAAGUUGGGACAAGAAAUUCUGUUUGAAUUUGAGAGAAAACAGUAGCCCUGCUCUCUCUGGCAAAGAUUCGUGUACUGUUAAGGGAAGAAUCACGUUCGUUUCUCAAGUAGGUUUUACUUUCUGAGAUUUCCUCUGUGUGUGUGUGUGUGUGUGUGUGUGUGUGUGUGUGUUGGCUGGGAGGGGAGCUGGGAACAUUAGGAAGUAGUUGUUUACAAGUUUAGAUUUUCUCUUGAGCAUAGUAAAAGUUCUGCUCAGUUUCUCAGAAUGUGACAAUGAAAUUAGGGGUGGAGACGAAUUCAGAGAACCAUGUUUCAGUAUAUGGUAAAUUUUUACCCAAAUACUUCUUUCAGAAACAUUUAGUCCUAGCAAACCAAAUCAAUCCUAUGUCUGCAAAGGUAUCAGGAAAAGGAAUCAGUCAGUAAGCAUUUUCUGUAGACCUCAAUGCUGCAUCCACUUAUAGGCUUCUUUUCUAAGAGUUUGGGGUCCUUGACUCAUAUGAGAGAAUAUACCAGUAGGUCCUGAAUGGGGAGGCGGUUUGGAUGAGCUACCCCACUGGUAUUAUGACAAUGCAUUAACUCUGUCCUACAGGAAAACUAGGGUCACUUUAGGGCUGCUUUCAUUUGGAAUGGCAUAAGAAAAUAGGCUUUUAAAACACGUUUUGAGUACUGUCACCCAAAGUCAGCCUCUGUUCAAAGAGUUUUCAGUUUGAUAGGCAGAAUUUCUCACUUCUCCCAUCUGUCAGUGAUUUUGGGGUAUCUGUUUUCAGCACCAGGGACAGCAAACACCUCCCUCAAUUGAACCAAUGACUGCUAGCCUGAUUGAACUGCCAGUCAAGAAAGGGUGGGGUUUUUCUUUUACUUCCAUCCUUUGGGACCUCAAGCUGGAAGACUUUAUUCUUAAGUUCAGGUGCCUACACCUUUUAUUAAUUUCCAAGCCUGUUUGUGUCACGUUCUCAAUCUGCUAACAAAUAAUGGGUGUUGGACUAAUGUGCCCAGGUCUUUUGGCUCAAAGCAGUGGAAAGAAAGACACUUAGACAUCAGUGGAGGACACACUUUGGCACAGGGACCCACUGCAAUAAGUCUUCGCAAGGCACCAUGGACUUGUGAACUCCCAAAUGGAGGAUAGUUUAUUGGCAAUCACUUUGAAAAAAAAUUUUCUGCACAUUUCCCACAAAGUACAAGUCUAUGUUUUACUCCAUGUGCAUUUGGAGGCAGUAUUUCACAGGAGUUGAGCAGGAGCUAUGAGCUCUGGGGACAGAAAAGGGCCCAGUGAUGCUGUGGUUAGCAUUUUGAAGACUCAGAGUGGGGCACAGCUUUGAAUGCCAGCAGUCACCCUUCAAUCCUGAAUGCUGUUCAGCAGCUAACUUAGCCUUAAACAAUCAUAGUAAAAAUGCCAAUGGCUCCUUAAGGCCUCGGUCAGGCUAGACUGAAGGGUUGCACUGAGAAAAUGCACAGCAGAAGCACAUUUUGUCUCUUUGCUUUGUGAUGGGACAGUUGUCAAACAGCACAAUCAUACAUAGACGUCAUUUUAGAGACAACAUUGCUUUCUCUUAACUAACUGGCAGCAUUUGCCUCACUCAUGUCAGGAUGGACACUGUACUGGGAAGGCGAGAGAGUCACUGAGGAUUUCACCUUAAAUGCUGUCUUCUAUUUCACAGAUGUUAGAUAAAUUCCACUUCACUUGCCUCUGAACCAUCCAGUCCAAGGCUUUGAACACUCCACCAUACUCUCUCCUCCACUUUCUCCCCCUCUCUUCAGUGUUGCUUAGCAUGAUUCAUAACACUUAGUAGUGUAAAACUAUAAAGGAUUUUUUCUAAGGUUAGGUGAGGUGGUAGAACCAGAGCCAGAUCUCAGAGGAGCGAGUUCAAUGGAGCUGUGAGUUGGAACUUUGGAAUGGGUCUGAGGAAAAAAAUCCAUCCUUUCCCUGCAUUCCUUGUCUUCUUGAAGGCAUCUCAUUCCAGUGCUCACACUUGCCAUGCAAAAAAGGCCAUGGCCAGAGUUUCUCUUGAUUAUUUAUGUGAGGAUGGUGGGAGAGCAGGGUCAAAAAUUCUCUACUGGAGUCCUUUAGAAUAGAGGAGCUUUGUUUUAUAUUGAAAUCAAAGAGCAACCCUAGCUUAGAAAGAAUAUGCACAUGAAUGACCAACCGCUGUAAUAGAGUUUAAUAAAACAAAUUCUUUUCCCUUAAAACAGAGAGGAAGGAGUUGUAGAUGGACUGGUAGGAAACAAAUGAUCCAUUGGUCAGGGAGGAAGGUGGUCUGAGAUGGAGAUACAGAAGUAGUCAGCUUUACAAAUGGAGGUAUGCCCAGGGCAGCCUCAGGAGAGAACAGGCCAGAGAAAAAAAUCCUAUAGAGGUUCUCAGUACUUUUUCUGCAAAAUUCCUAAAAUUUCCAAGGGCACUUCUAGCCCUCUGCCUCCUUAGAGGCGAGCUCAGUGCUACUUCUGGGUUCUUAAGGCAAAUGCCCUACAAACACCAAAGUCUUGUAUUUUCCACUCUCAGCCGACACGGGCUGUCCAGAGUGGGAUUUGCUCCCCUUCCCUAUGUGAAAGGGACUUGUUUUCAGUAGAAGUGUCCUUUAACUAUCCAGCUAAAGCUGGAGGUAAUUUUUUGCAUGAAUGGCUUUUUACAGCUAGGUCUAAAGCAGAACAAAACUUGUAUUAAACUAAGUGCUACUUUACAUAUCUUAUUUCAAGGGAAAUGAAGGAUUUAUUGCGUGUAAAUGAUGUACACUGAUUUGUUUCCUACUGGACAUUACAUGUCCCUUUAUCUUUAGGCUGAGGUUGGGCAGCAAACUUUCAAUAUCUGGAAAAUCAGCUGGUACCUACUUCAGUGCACUAGUUGAAGGAAUUUUGCAAAUGAAGUUUAGGUGCUCUUGUAACUGAUUUCCACCCCCUCCCUAAGCUUUCUGUAUUAAAUAUAUGUAAAGUGAUUAUAUCUUGUCUGAUUCCGUGGGUUUGUGUGUGUUUCCCAAUGUUUGUGUAAAGAUAGUAGCCAUCUGAAGGGUUCGAUGGAUUACGGCAACUGCUGAGCAAUGCUGUCUAUGGCGUGUGGACGUAUGAUCCAUCUAGGCACUUGUUCUGAGGCCAAGUUAAUCUUACAGAGUUUAGAAAAGAAACUAUGUAGCGUGGCUUGGGAAAAGUUUAAUGAAGGAUAUAAUAUUGCCAACUCACCAUUCAUUGGUGGAGACCUUGGCAGCAGCCGAGUUGAGGUGUGCUCAACUGGAUUUUACAUCAUUUAUUUUAAUCUCAAUUGAUUGUUCCUCAGGUCUAUUUUAUGACUUAAAAAUAUUCCUCCACAAUGCUUGUUUCUUUUUUUUCCCAGGCCACUGGAAAUUGCUGAUCAUUCUUGCUUCUCAUCAUUUGGAUCCCAAAGUCGUUGACUUAAAAUGGGUGGCUGAGGUUUUAGUGAAACUGGGUUUUACUCAUAGUGCCCCUUCCUUGAGGUACUAUUUCUUCCAUUCUUUUCCUUUCUAACAAAUACAUCCAUUGGCCAUGCUAAGUUUAUUUGCAUCCUGGCAAGUCUUGGAGAGUCAGUUUAGUUAAAGUGAUGAUUGUAUUUUAUUUGCCUUUGGAGAAGAGGCUUAUCAUCGAAGUAAAGUUCUUAUGUAAAGGUGUGUUUUAUGCAAAAAAAAAAAAUCCACAAAGACGGAUUCUAAAUUUGGUAAGAUGGCCC